AUGAAGACUAACAAGGAAACAAUAAAGAAAAAGCUGGUCAGGGAGUUGGCCAUAAAGAUGAAAAACAAACAGUCCAAAACUGAUAAAGGUUCUCCAUCUGCAGAACCAUCCCUUCCACCUGAAAGUAGGCGAUCAUCACCAAGGAACAAGAAGUUUGCGAUAAAGAUGAAAAACAAGCAGAACACUCAACAGUCCCCAACUGAAAGUGCUUCACUCACUUCAAAGCUGCAAACCCCGACUCAAACCAAGUCCGCAGAACCAUCUCUUUCACCUGGAAGUAGGCGAUCAUCACAAAGGAACAAGAAGUUAGAACCAAGUGUUGUUUCUUCUCUAACUAAAUGUGCAACAACUCCAAAGCGUCGUCGACAACCUGAAAGUGCUAAAAUGUCAUCACCAACUACAAAGAGACAGGCUACUAGGAAGAAGAAUGUGCAAUCUGAAAGUGCUCAACAUUCACAGACCACAACUACAAAGUCCCAAUCAAAAAGCUCUGAAGGAGAUACUGAAAAAUCUGGAGUGGGGCGAAAGAAUGUAAAGCGGAAACUUGACACAAGCAGCACAGGCCCAUGUCUGAAUGUUCAACUUAGGGAUCCACACGACACUCUCGCAGAUUUUCAAGAUGAAGAAGAAGAGGAAGAGGAGGAGGAAGUGGAAGAGGAUAACUCUGAUCAUGUGGAGCCUGAUGUGGAAGAAGAGAAUGAUAAUGAUUCUGCUGAUCCGAAAAGAACAAUUUCCUUCAACGCUAAUGAACAACCGAUUGGUGAUCCAUCUGUGCAACUUGCCAGUGUGCUAGGGGUGCUUGUUCGGAAACUUCCAUUAACGUACAAGGAUUGGAGACUUGUCCCUUAUGAAGCCAAAGAAAACAUAUGGAAGAUAGUCUCGGUUCGCAAUUGA